AUGCAAUUUUUGGGGGUCUCUGGAAAUAGAAAGGUCAUGCAGCUUGGAACCGGUGAGACAUUACAGUCGUUAAGUCAUCAGAGAAAUGAUGAAGAGGCUGUUGUGGAUAGAGGUGGAACUCGCUCCAUCCUCAAAACUCAUUUUGAAAAGGAAGAUUUAGAAGGCCAUCGAACAUUGUUCAUUGGAGUUCAUGUGCCACUGGGUGGAAGAAAGAGUCACAGACGCCAUAGGCACCGUGGACAUAAACACAGAAAGAGAGACAGAGAGCGAGAUUCGGGAUUAGAAGAUGGGAGAGAAUCUCCUCCUUUUGAUACUCCAUCACAAAGGGUGCAGUUUAUUCUUGGAACGGAAGAUGAUGAUGAGGAGCACAUUCCUCAUGAUCUCUUUACUGAGCUUGAUGAAAUUUGUUGGCGUGAAGGAGAGGAUGCUGAGUGGAGGGAAACGGCAAGGUGGUUAAAGUUUGAAGAAGAUGUAGAGGAUGGUGGAGAGAGGUGGAGCAAACCCUAUGUUGCCACACUGUCACUUCAUAGCUUGUUUGAGCUGAGAAGCUGUAUCCUGAAUGGCACAGUUUUGUUGGACAUGAGAGCUAACUCCAUAGAAGAAAUUGCAGAUAUGAUUCUGGAUCAGCAGGUGGGCUCUGGGCAGCUCAGUGAGGAUGUUCGUCACAGAGUACACGAGGCGUUACUGAAACAGCAUCACCAUCAGAACCAGAAGAAACUGAGCAACAGGAUCCCAAUUGUGAGAUCCUUUGCUGAUAUUGGAAAGAAGCAGUCUGAGCCACAUUCCAUGGAUAAAAAUGCAGGUCAGAUUGUUUCCCCACAGUCUGCUCCAGCCUGUAUUGAAAACAAAAAUGAUGUGAGCAGAGAAAAUAGCACUGUUGACUUUAGCAAGGUUGACCUACACUUCAUGAAAAAGAUACCUCCUGGAGCUGAAGCAUCAAACAUCUUAGUUGGUGAACUGGAGUUCCUGGACCGUGCAGUUGUUGCUUUUGUUAGGUUAUCUCCUGCAGUGCUGCUUACAGGACUAGCUGAAGUUCCAAUUCCAACUAGAUUUUUGUUUAUUCUUCUUGGACCAUUGGGUAAAGGGCAACAAUACCAUGAGAUUGGAAGAUCAAUUGCAACACUAAUGACAGACGAGGUGUUCCAUGAUGUUGCGUACAAAGCAAAAGAUCGCAAUGACUUGGUGUCCGGAAUUGAUGAGUUUCUUGAUCAAGUUACAGUUCUCCCUCCUGGAGAAUGGGACCCAACAAUUCGAAUAGAGCCACCUAAAAAUGUUCCCUCUCAGGAGAAGCGUAAGAUCCCAGGAGUGCCAAAUGGGACUGCAGCCCAUGGCGAUCCAGAACAACCUGGAGGGCACUCUGGACCAGAAUUGCAACGCACUGGAAAAUUUUUUGGAGGAUUGAUUUUAGAUAUAAAAAGAAAAGCUCCGUUCUUCUGGAGUGACUUCAGGGAUGCUCUCAGUCUACAGUGUCUGGCAUCGUUUUUAUUUCUCUACUGUGCUUGCAUGUCUCCUGUCAUCACAUUUGGUGGUCUACUAGGAGAAGCAACUGAAGGUCGUAUAAGUGCAAUAGAAUCGCUGUUUGGAGCAUCCAUGACUGGAAUUGCCUACUCUCUCUUUGGUGGGCAGCCCCUCACUAUACUUGGCAGCACAGGACCGGUAUUAGUGUUUGAGAAGAUCUUAUUCAAAUUUUGCAAAGAGUAUGGAUUGUCAUAUCUUUCUCUGAGAGCUAGCAUUGGACUGUGGACUGCAAUCCUGUGCAUCAUCCUUGUUGCAACUGAUGCAAGCUCCCUAGUCUGUUAUAUUACACGGUUUACCGAAGAAGCUUUUGCUUCUCUUAUCUGCAUCAUUUUCAUUUAUGAGGCCUUAGAGAAGCUAUUUCAUCUCAGUGAGACAUACCCAAUCAACAUGCACAAUGAUUUGGAUCUUCUGACUAAAUACUCAUGCAAUUGUGUGGAACCAGAACAUCCUAGCAAUAAAACCUUACAGUACUGGCAGGACUACAAUAUAUCUGCAUCUGACGUGCCAUGGGGGAACCUAACUGUGUCGGAAUGUAAAAAGUUUCAUGGAGCAUUUGUUGGACGAGCCUGUGGUCAUCAUGGCCCUUACGUUCCAGAUGUCCUCUUCUGGUCUGUCAUCUUAUUCUUUUCUACAGUAACUCUGUCAUCCACACUGAAGCAGUUCAAAACUAGCCGAUACUUCCCAACAAAGGUGCGAUCUGUUGUCAGCGAUUUUGCUGUUUUUCUCACUAUUUUGUCCAUGGUUUUAAUUGACUAUGCCAUUGGGAUUCCAUCACCAAAACUUCAGGUUCCAAAUGCUUUUAAGCCCACCAGAGAUGAUCGUGGAUGGUUUAUUACUCCUUUGGGGCCUAAUCCUUGGUGGACAGUCAUUGCUGCUGUAAUUCCAGCCCUGCUUUGUACUAUCCUUAUCUUUAUGGACCAGCAGAUCACAGCUGUCAUUAUAAAUAGAAAAGAACACAAACUAAAGAAAGGAUGCGGAUACCAUCUUGACUUGCUCAUGGUGGCUGUCAUGCUUGGAGUGUGCUCUAUUAUGGGACUGCCAUGGUUUGUUGCAGCCACUGUCCUCUCUAUUUCCCACGUGAAUAGCUUAAAACUGGAAUCGGAGUGUUCUGCUCCAGGGGAACAGCCAAAAUUUCUUGGAAUCCGGGAGCAAAGAGUCACAGGGCUCAUGAUUUUUAUCCUGAUGGGCUCAUCUGUCUUUUUGACAAGUAUUCUGAAGUUUAUUCCUAUGCCAGUACUUUACGGAGUAUUUCUUUACAUGGGUGCUUCAUCUCUAAAGGGAAUUCAGCUUUUUGACAGGAUAAAAUUAUUCUGGAUGCCUGCAAAGCAUCAGCCAGAUUUUAUUUAUCUGAGGCAUGUUCCUCUUAGAAAAGUCCAUCUCUUCACUGUAAUUCAGCUGAGUUGUCUUGUACUCCUGUGGAUUAUAAAGGUUUCAAGAGCUGCCAUUGUCUUUCCCAUGAUGGUCCUAGCUUUGGUAUUUGUCCGAAAACUCAUGGAUUUCUUUUUUACUAAACGGGAGCUCAGUUGGUUAGAUGAUUUGAUGCCUGAGAGCAAGAAAAAGAAACUAGAAGAUGCUGAGAAAGAGGAAGAGCAAAGUAUGUUAGCAAUGGAAGAGGAAGGGACUGUUCAGUUACCACUAGAAGGACAUUACAGAGAUGACCCAUCUGUGAUAAACAUUUCUGAUGAAAUGGCUAAAACUGCUGUGUGGAAGACAUUGUUGAUAUCCUCAGAGAAUGCAAAAGAAAAGGAGUCAAGCUUUCCUUCUAAAAGUGCUGAAAUCAGAAAAGAGAAGAAAGCUGACUCAGGGAAAGGUGUCGACCGGGAGACUUGUCUAUGA